AUGCAUCAACCGAGAUUUUUGCAUAUUCGGAAUCAGUAUGACGAGUUACGUUGUACGGCGCAAAAAUCUCGUCGGGCUCCCUCCAUUUUUCUUGGAUCCGGCGGCUCCGUUGGAGGUUUCACGCAUGGAAAUGAUUUAUCGGGACAUAAAAAACAACAGCGUGUGUCUCCCUUUCGUAUCAAAUUUAAAGAGGAAAGUAAAUUUCCACAUAAUGACGUCAGUAUCAUUAAAGAUAUAAAUCCUAAAUAUACGGCGACACAAUUUGAUUUUCUAUUAAACACAGAAAAUUGGCUUGAUAGAAUUUGUGACAGUCAAUAUUUAGUUGAACUGCCAAAAAAUAUUCGCUCAUCAUAUUCUAUUGCUGUCAAAAAUGUUCCGGCUCAGUGGAAUGCUGUAGGUUUUGGAGACGAACCUAACCAAGGUAUUCAACAAUUGUUAGAGCGGAAAGGUUUUUUAUCAACGUAG